UAAUCAUCAUCUUCAUUACAUAUUUUAUGUGAUUAGAAAUAAGUGUGAUCAUACUUUGUAUAUAUUUCAAUUUAAAUGACUCUAUUUGACUGAGCAUGGAGUUUGAGAUAUUGUUUCAGUGGUAGCGAAAGAAAAUAGCAAAUUGAUGGUUGCAAAGUCGGUUUGAUAUAAAAAGUACAUCAUUUUUGUAGUUUGAAUUUUGUUUAAUUUGAAUGAUUGGAACUAGUGAUAGUUUGAUUGAAAAGAAAUGGUGCAAUCGCGUUGGGGAUGUUCUAAAACAGAAAGAAUGUCAAAUAAAGUGAAACAAAUAGAGUAUGUUCUACAUUAUGAAAAUGUAUUAUUGCUUUAAGUACCAUUGUAUUGCUCGGUACUUAUUUUGGUAGGAGUGGUAAAUGUAACUGUACAAUAUUGUUAAGGGCUUUAGGAAGAGAGUACUACAGAUGACCGUAAGGGAAAAGGAAUAUGAGGGGGAUAUACUUGCAACUUUGGUAAUUUAUUCAGAUGUAGUUGACAUAAAAAAGGGGGAAAAUAAGCUUUAGUUAUUAGUGUAUACUACGUAGAGCAUUUGAAGACGUUUUUGUCUAAUGCGUUGGAACAUUGUUGAGUUGUUUAUCCGACAUCAGAUAUACAAAGAAAUAGAAAGGGUUUUGAAAGGUCUUGGUUGACUCGACUCAUUGCCGCUAGAUUUUGGUUUAAAUAUUUAGAUUCUUUAGUAGGUCAAGUUGGCAACCUUUGGCACACCAAUAUUCAUACUCGUAGCUCUACAUGGAGUCGUGUGUGAACCUCUGAUUUAGAUUACACUUGCAGAAGGACAUCGAGUUAUAUAUAAAAGGCUCUCAUUGAAUAAGCAAGUGUAUCUAAAGGAGUUGAAAAAGGAUUGGAUAACCACUCUACUCAUUGCCUUAAAGUUUUAGGUUGAAUAUGUAGAUUCUUGUAACAAAUUUGAUAAUCCGAAAAGCUUUUGAUGUUAAGUAUGCAACAGGAGGAAGUGGAGGAAUAGCUUUGGGUAUUUAAGCUUUUAGAGCAUUGGGCAAGUUCUUGCCUAAUAUGCUUUAGUUUUGCUAAUUUUAGAAGUUUAAGUGUUCCAUUUCUUACUAGGAGUCAAUGAAAGGAACAUUUUUGGUAUUAAAUUCUAGUGUAAAGCAUUUUCAAUUUAUUUAUUUUAAAGGACUUGGUCCCUCAUGAUUUAUCUAUGGAUAGGUAGAGGUAGAUCAAAGAAAUAUUGGGGGGACUCGCACUUGCAGCUUAUCAAGGACAUGAUCUAUGGAGGACACGAAUUAGGGUAGAAGGUUAGUAGGUAGAAGUGCGCUAUACUAGUAGGGAUGAGUGCAUUGUCUUGUUGUCCUACUACUAGUCAUAGUUUUAAUCUUGUAGUUUCUUUUUCUUCGAUUUCUGUUACUAUAUGUUGUUUUGUGUAGUUAUAGUAUUUUAUUAAUGUAUUAUUUGUUGUAGUAUAGAGUACUAUUCUGCUACUAUCUAUUAUUUUUGUUACUUUUUGUUGUCUCUUGUACUUCCAUUACAUCUUUUUCUAGACUGUUUUGUCUUUAAGCUGAGGGUCUUAUCAGAAACAGCCUCUCUACGGUAGAGGUAGAGGUAAGAUCCGUGUAGGAUGUACCCUCCCUAGACCCCACUUUGUGGAACUUAAGUGAGUAUUGUUGUUGUUGACUUCUCCCAUCAUGAUUGUCUUCAGUUUUCUGAAAUUCCGGUCCUUCCUGGGAUUGAAAUAGGCUUAUUCUAUGUUGGUGAAAGAACACGAUAGGGAGUCUUUCCAAUUUGAUAUUGCAGUUUCCAUGUAUAAUGCUAUCCUGAUAUGGUUUUGUUGUAUAGUUUCAAAUUCUUUUAGUACUCAAGAUUUGUGCUUUCAAGGGACUCAAAGGAUUUUACAGAGGAAGCCACAAGGUGCGGUGUGUCCUGCAGGACAAGUUCUGUUCUAAAUAAAUUCUUAUAAGUGCAUUAUAUAGUCAGUAGAGGCCUGCAGGAAAAGCUCUGUUCUAAAGAAUCUCUUGAUAAGCAAGUUAAAAGAGGCACAAAGACCUCAUGUAUGAGAAAUAUACAUGCAAAAGAACUAUUGAGGAAAAGAUCAUGAGAGUUCCUUAUGGACCAAACAAAGACUAUUUUAUAUACUCAUUAUUUCUUGUCUUCUGCAAUCGGAUUACCACCUCUGCAGUCUCUGCUGGAGUUCUAUUGGCAAGUAAGAAGGCAUUGGACCCCGUAGCUCCACUCCAUAAGUAUUGUCUUGUUUCUGUGUCUAACAUCCUUACAACAACUUGUCAGUACGAGGCUCUCAAAUACGUCAGCUUUCCUGUUCAAACCCUGGCAAAAUGUGCCAAGAUGAUACCUGUAAUGAUCUGGGGCACUAUCAUCAUGCAAAAGAAGUACAAAGGACAGGACUAUUUCGUGGCAUUCCUAGUCACACUUGGCUGUUCAUUAUUUAUUCUAUAUCCGGCAGAAGGGGACACUAUCCCAUACAGUAGAGAAAUGGAGAGCACCAUUUGGGGAGUCUCUCUUAUGAUGGGCUAUCUUGGGUUUGAUGGAUUUACGAGCACAUUCCAGGAUAAACUUUUUAAAGGCUAUGAUAUGGAAAUACACACGCAGAUAUUCUACACAACCGUCUGUUCUUGUCUUCUUAGUUUCACUGGUAUGAUUAUGCAAGGCAAUCUUCUCAUGGCAAUUGAUUUCGUAUCUUGCCAUCAUGAUUGUUUCUUUGAUAUUGCUCUGCUUUCGACUGUAGCAACAGCUAGUCAAUUCUUCAUUUCGUACACAAUCCGCACAUUUGGUGCUCUAACCUUUGCAACCAUAAUGACCACAAGACAGUUGUUGAGCAUUUUGCUGUCAUGCUUGUGGUUUGGCCAUCCCCUCAGCUGGGAGCAAUGCAUUGGAGCUGUCAUUGUGUUUGGGGCCCUUUAUGCAAGAAGCUUCUUAAAUAAUACUCAAAAGAAACCACCGUUAAGUUUGGAGAAGACAGAAAAUAGAGCUUCAAGUCCACCAAAAGGAAAUCCAUAGCUAGACCUUGAAAGAUUCCGAUGUUUGCAGUAUAACUGAUUUGACUAAAGGUGGAAUAGAUAGGACUUCUAUUGUAGGGUCUUUAGUAACUUGAAUCCAAGAUUUGAAACACAUUUUAACACCCAUAAGCUAUAGAAGUUGUGAGUUUUGUCCUUCAAGUUUCUUUGUAUUCUUCCCCGUUUCUCGGAGCUAUAGAAAGACUUAGCUUUUGAUAGAGUUGUUAACAAACUACAGUUUUAUCUUGGCAGAGCUAAAAUAGAUGUAUUGCAUUACUUAAUGGAAAAAGAUGACAGGUUUUAUAUAAUAUGACUCUUUGAGUGCUGAA